ACACUGAGAAACAGUGUGUUUAACAGAGACUGAAGCACACGGAGAAACAGUGUGUCUAACAGGAAGUGGUGAUUUAGUAAACAUGAGUGUUGUGCUGCUCUCGUUGGUGAAGCAGCGACUCACUGCGGCUGCUGAAGACAUCUUUGUUCUGUUUGAAAGAACGAUAGCAGAGUACGAGGAGGAACUGUCUCGUUCAAAACAGGAGAACGAGAGACACCGGAAACUACUGGACGCUGUUUUACAGCCUCAGCUUCAGAUCCACAGAGCAGACGUCCAGCAGCUGGUGGUGGUUAAAGAAGAGGUUCCCCCUGAGCAGCAGGAGUGGAGGUCCAGUCUGGACCAGGAGGACCCAGAGCCCCCCCCACACAUUAAAGAGGAACAGGAGGAACACUGGAGCAGUCAGGAGGGAGAGCAGCUUCAAGGGCUGGAGGAGGCUGAUAUCACCAAGUCCACAUUCACUCCUGUCCCUGUGAAGAGUGAAGAUGAUGAAGAGGAACCUCAGUCCUCUCAGCUUCAUCAAAGACAAACUGAACACCUGGAAACAGAAGCUGAUGGAGAGGACUGUGGAGGACCAGAACCAGCCAGGAACUCAGAUCCAGAGAGACAUUUACAACCUGAGACUGAGGACAACCCUGGAGACUCUUCUGAAGACAGUGCUGAUUGGAAGGAGACCAGAGAACCAGGAUCAAACUCUCAAGUAAAUAAAGAAGACCCUGUCAGUGAUUCAAGACGUAGUGCAGGAGAGAAACGAUUCAGCUGCUCAGUCUGUGAGAAAACAUUUGCACGGAAAGGAUCUUUACAUCGACACAUGAGAAACCACACAGGAGAGAAACCAUUCAGCUGCUCAGUCUGUGAGAAAUCUUUUGCAGUGAAAGGAUCUUUACAUCGACACAUGAGAAUACACACAGGAAAGAAACCAUUCAGCUGCUCAGUCUGUGAGAAAUCUUUUGCACAGAAAGGAUCUUUACAUCGACACAUGAGAAUACACACAGGAAAGAAAUCAUUCAGCUGCUCAGUCUGUGAGAAAUCUUUUAAACAAAUAGGACAAUUAAAUGAACACACGAAAAUCCAUACAGGAGAGAAACCACUCAGCUGCUCAGUCUGUGAGAGAUAUUUUGCAGGGAGAGGAAAUUUAAAUCGGCACAUGGCAAUACACACAGGAGAGAAACCGUUCAGCUGCUCAGUCUGUGAGAAAACAUUCCCACGGAAAGAAUCUUUACAUCGACACAUGAGAAACCACACAGGAGAGAAACCAUUCGGCUGCUCAGUCUGUAAUAAAUCUUUUACACAUAGGGGAAGUUUAAAGUGCCACAUGAGAAACCACACAGGAGAGAAACCAUUCAGCUGCUCAGUCUGUAAGAAAUAUUUUACACAAAAGAGACAUUUAAGGACACACAGAAGAAUCCACACAGGAGAGAAACCAUACAGAUGCAGUGUCUGUGACAAAAGAUUCACCUGGAGUUGUCAGGUCAAAAUCCAUAAGUGUGUUGGUCGUCAGUCCUCACAGCUUCAUCAAACUCAGACUGAGGAGAACAGAGAGGCAGAGCCUCCAGCCAGCAGCUCAGCUGAACACCUGGAAACAGAAGCUUAUGGAGAGGACUCUGGGGGACCAGAACCAGCCAGGAACUCAGAUCCAGAGAGACAUUUACAACCAGAGACUGAGGACAACCCUGGAGACUCUUCUGAACCUGACAUUUUCCAAGUCAAAUCUUAUUUGGCAGACUGGAAGCCAGUGUAUUGAUCUCAGAACCGGACUGAUGUGAUCCACUUUUCUAGUGUCAGUGAGAA